GACCGCGAAGUGAAGUAGGUGAAGACGACUGCGCGGUCUCACGUCUUCGUCACUUGAAUAAUUCCCUUAGUGCAAUAAGUGAUUAGAUUAACUCUUGCCUGACCGGUCGCGGUGAAUUCAUGUACUUUUAGACUUGCGGAUCAGACUCAGUGUAGACGUGUGGCCGCCCCCCCCCUCCCCCCUCUUGGCCCAGAAGGUGUCCACUUGAAUUCGAAGGAAAACCAAAGGAGAGCCUCCUCACCGCAGUGUCCCGCAAGGGCGCGGCGCCACAGCAGCCUCGUUCGCCCGCGAUGGUGGUGACGUGAGCGCGAUGCCGACGCCGCCAGCGCGACGCCGCGUGCACCCGGCGGUGGCCGUCCGUCGGGCGCAGAGCGAGCGCCGAUACCUCAGCCCUUGGCAAGCGGGGGCGGCUCCCCCCCUGCUGCACGUGCCCCCCGGGAGCGGGUGGGCGCGCUUCGAGCACCACCAUGCCACCCGCACCGCCUACAUCCCACCCCUGCACCCGCGCCUUUGCCACCCACAGGGUGUGGGCCGCCCAAAGGUGGUGAUGGGCGUGCGCGAGGUGUGGACGGGUACCGUCAGCUACCACCCAUGCGCGUCAAUGUCGCGGGCACAGCUACCGCCCCUCGCCCUCGGCUCGCCGCCCGCCGUGGCCGCCCCGCACACCCUUCUGCCGCCGCCCAUCACGCUCGAGGACAGGCUGGCGCAGGACAGGCUCACGGCCUUCCUCGCCGCCGAGUCGCUGCCGCAUCGCCCGCGCUCCAUUCUCUCGUGCCCAG